GGGGAGGGGAGAGCGUCCCAGCACAGGAAAAAGUCGAGGCAGUGACGUGUGGUAGGCAGAACAGUGCYGGCCGCCCUGAGAACACAGCCCCAUGCGCUGCCCUGGAGCCUACCACCCACCUCCACCASCCACCUUGGUCCCCACUGCAGCCAAUGUUCCGUUCACGCCGUGCCGGGCUGGUGCGGCGGCUGUGGCGGCAGCGCUGUGYGGCAGCGAGCCCUGAGGACGGCCCCGGUGCCCUCAAACCGGCAGCACACGCGCUCUUCAAGAAGCUGAAGGAUGAGGAGCUGGAGCUGCUGGUGCAGGUGGUGGAGAGCCGGGGCGCCUGCGAGUCCGGCUGCAUUUUGGCACCACGGGGGGAGCCACGAGGGGUCAAGCAGGGGCUCGCCCCUCACGUCCUGCUCUGCCGUCUCUUCCGCUGGCCUGACCUCCAGCAGUCCCACGAGCUCAAGCACCUCUGCUACUGCACCAGGGGCCGGGGAGGCUGCGGGGACUUGGCUGUGCUGUGCUGCAACCCSCACCACUUCAGCCGCCUGGCUGUACCUGAAACCCCGCCACCCCCCUACUUGAAGGCAUCCUGCGGUCCCUCCUGGCCAGAUAAGCCCCGGCAACGCAGCAGUCAGCUCCUGGACUUCAGCUACAACGGUGGGCACUGGGGCGACACCAGCCUCUCACGGAGCACCGUCAAGGAUGGCUGCUGGUGCAAACUGGCUUACUGGGAGUACCGGACACGCGUGGGCCGCCUCUACGCUGUGCAUGAGGCAUCGGUGAAUGUCUUCUGUGAGCUGCCCCGGGGCAGUGGGUUCUGCCUGGCCCAGCUGCCAGCUGCCCACCGCAGCCGUGCCGUCCGGCGGGCACGAGGCAAGAUUGGCCGGGGGCUGCUGCUGAGCCAGGAGCCAGGGGGUGUCUGGGCGUACAACCGCAGUGAGCACCCCAUCUUCGUCAGCUCGCCCACCCUGAGCCCCACCGGUGCUUGCGGGCUCACUGUCCUCAAGGUGCUGCCUGGCUACUCGGCAAAGGUGUUCGAUUAUGAGCGGGCAGGGGACAGAGGGGGCUGGCAGCUCCCUGGGGAGGGACCCUGUGACCCCCACAGCAUCCGCAUCAGCUUUGCCAAGGGCUGGGGACCCUGCUACUCCCGGCAGUUCAUCACCUCCUGCCCAUGCUGGCUUGAGGUCCUGCUGAACCGGCCACGCUGAGAGGCUGGGGCUGGGGGGCAGUGCCAGGGAGCUCCCCCAAAGCAGGUUCACAAGCUGGAGGGCCCUUCUACUGUCCCCUGGCCUGUGUCUUCCAGGGUUGUGUUGCAGCAGGAUUGUCCUGGCUCUGGGGAUUCUCUGCUCCAGUGCUGAGCACCCCCCUUGCCUGGCUCACCACCCUGCCAGCACCUGCUUCCCCCAGCCAUUGGGCUCUCAGUGACACAGGGCGCUAUUUAAUAUUUUUUUAAUUAUUAUUUUAACGUUCAAGUUUAUAUUAAUUUAUCUAUUUUAAAAAAAAAAAAAACAACCAAAAACUAAGCAUGAGGUAGGAGUCCCCAUUCUCAGGGCAAGGCCUGGGGGCAGCAGCCAGGGCUGGUGGGGACAGGGGAAGUAGGACAGAAGGGAAGUGGGAUGGAGUGGGGAGGAGGCGGGGGGAGCUGUGGGCCUGGGUGUCACAGCAGACAAGGGGAACGGGAGUGAACUGGGACUGCUGGGGGAUAGGGCAGGUGAGCACAGCUGGAGUGUGGGGCAGGUUAGAACAGCUGGAUAGGUAUGGGGCAGGUAGAACGAAGGGGAGGGCAGGUGAGCACAGCUGGAAUGUGGGGCAGGUGCUGGGGCAGGUGAGCAUAGCUCGAGUGUGGACAGGCUAGAACAGCCGGGUAGGUAUGGGGAUGUAGAAUGAAGGGGGAGGCUGGUGAGCACUCCUGGGGUGGGGGCUGGUUCAGGGUUACCCAAGGUGGGUCACAGGCCCGGGGAAUCCUUCAACCAUUCUGGCAGCAUGGGGGAGCCUCGAGCAAGUGCAGCCGUGGGAAUCCGGGAUUGCCGAAUCGUGUCUGCAGUUUUUAAACACAAAUAAACGAUGCCACCGGCACCAAGAGACCCCCGUGUCCCU